CGUCAGUUUCGUAAUCUUAAGGUCCCUCUGCGAUAGGGACGACGGGGCCAUCGGUAGGAAAGUAAAUGCUCAGAGCUAAUAGAUAUUGUCUUAUAAUCGCGAUACCUUGAAGAGAAUGGCAGAAGAGACAAGGAUCAAUGAGUGUGGGAAGGAGAACUAGUAAUCUGGUCACAUGAUAAUGACUUCUGAGGACCUUGGAGGAAGACCCCACAAAGUGUGGAGUUGUGACAGACAAACAAGAAAAUGUGUUGUAGUUUCUACCUUGGAAGAUCUCCGUUUAAAAGGUGCUGCAAAACUUGGAUACAGUAACUCAUCAGAACUCAAAAUCGUCCUUGAAAUUGAUGGCACAGAAGUGGAGGAUGAAAAUUACUUCCAGUUAGCAGAGAGAGACACAGUAUUCCAGAUGUUACAGCCAAAUGAAAAGUGGUUGCCACCUGGAGUUGAGGCCCUUAGAGCAGCCAUCACAGCAAUACCUCGCAUUGUCUGUGAUGCCAUAGCAACCCUUGAGCUUGUGGACAUGCAGCCGUCGUGGAAGAUCAUGGACAACAAGGGUCGUGUCACUGUUGUGCUGCACUGGGAUCAGCAUGAAAGACACCACAGGCGCAGCCACGAUCCAGGAAUCAUUCGUGUCGAAGUUUCAUCUCAGGAAGUACAGACCACAGAAGAAGCAACCCCAGCAGUGCCAAGUGAACCACGUACUAGACUAACACUUGAAGGGCUGGGGCCGCGACCCAUAUCACGUAGCUUUCCUCGUGGAUCGCGUGAAGUUAGCCCCGACCAUGACCACACACUUUGUGAUUUUCAUUGUGCCGCGUUGCACGGCACGCAUCAGAUCCAGGUGAACAGGUCUGUGGCGACGUCGCCGAUCCAGGAGUUCCCAAAGGGGUCCGUUCCCGGACCCUCGGGCCUACAUCAGAGGGCUGCGAUGGGGGGGCCUGCGAAGGGGCACGUGCGUUUCCUGGAUGUCACCGAAGAGACCCGCAUCCCUCCCAAUGAAGAGUCUGAAUCGGAUACGGAAAACACGGCAUGCGAAGAAGAGCAGCUCUCCGAGAGGUACCUACUCCUUGUGGAUCAGCUGUCAUUGGAGCAAGACCGGCAUUUGAGUGUCAAGGAUAUUGGGAUCAUCUUGGAGCGCCUAGGAUCGCGAAUUGUUGAUGUAGAUCGCCUCGAGCGCGAGCGAGAAAGUGCUGGCAUCCACAACUGGACCAUCAAGGCCACACUUCGUGGAGAGGUGCUGAGGGAAAUUGGAGUCAUCUACAAUGGACAGUACUAUGGCAUCAUGGAACAUCCAGGGUACUUUUGAUAAGCAGCCCUCACUAAGCUGGCAUAGGAGAAAUCAAAUUGGCCCUGUCAUGCAAAAGUAUGAUGGACGCCUGCUUUGGACACCUCAUGUUGCUGCUACUAGGCUGCUUGAAGCACGCGUGUAGCAACGCCUUCUGUCCAGUCCUUUUCAUUUCACUUCAUCUUUCGGUGUCGCAUUUGUUUGCACCUCUGUUUUCUUGGUCUUUGUACGACGACUUUUUAAAAAUUGUUCAACUGCUGGUACGUUGAGACUGAUCUGUUCCACGCUACCGGUGAGUGAAGUUUGGCUUUGUCGGGCGUUCAGCAGCCGCUGAAUUCCUCGUGCACACUAUCUCUCCUGCUCCAACAUAUUCAGCUGCAAAGGACUCAUCCUAGACUGUCUUGUCCACCCCCUACCCGUGCUCAAUCUCGCAAUGGUUUUCUCUUUUUUGUCUUCAUAUUCUCAUGACAUUGCAAAAGUCUCAAAGCUGAAACUUGACGUUCACUGCCACUAUCCCUGCCACAAUCCCUGCCAUGCUUUGAGUUUUUAUACUGCCAGCCAUAAAGGGGAAAGGACUGGUACAACAUUCAUCCCAUAAUCUGUACCCGGACAGCACUUUUACUUUCCCAGCUUAGUUUCAUCUGUGAAAGGACUGGCUGACUGUUUGUAUUCCCGGGAGAAAAGCUCUGUUCUCCUCUGUUUGUGAAAGGCAACACUGAUGAGCAAUGUUCAAAAAAAGUGUCAACGGGAAAAGUACUCAAGGUGUGGUCUUCAAAGCUGAGCAUGCCCUACGUAGCAUGAUAUGAGUGCUAUACUUGAUGUGCGGGUUUGUUCUCCAAGAAUAUUUGUCAGAGACUUUGCCCACCACAUUAUUUUGCAUUCAGUGCCCCCGUCAUAGUUCUGGUUGAAUGUACAAAUACUAUUGUCCCAGAGGGCUUCUGUUUGAUGACACUACAAUUUUGAAAGUUUGGACAAGCUCCGUAAUAGGUUUGUACACCACACUUUCAUAACAUGCGUUUCAUGUCAAAGGCUAUCAUUUUCACAUAAGUUUGCUGUGUGUAUACUCUAUACAGUGAACUCCAAUGAUUUCAAGUGCAGUUGUAGAUAGACGAUUAAGUAGAAACUUAGAUAACACUUUCUUAGUCAGGUUUGUCUACAGCUUUGAAAUAGUCACACACACACUACAGGGGAUGAAACGGAAAAGCAGAGAGAGUUAGUUUUUCCUAUCUGAAUAUACUUAGUAAGGUUCAAGGUCUUUAAGAUUGUCUGAGAACCUUGACAAUUGCUCAAGGAAAUUGUGGAAGCAUUCUAGCUUUUCAGAUUACCCGUUUCCUUUUUCUGUGCAUGUAUGUAUGUAUGUAUGUGUGGGUGGGUGGGUGCGCUUGAGGAUGUAAUUUUUAGCUGUAACACUUGCAGGCUAGGCAUCAUGUAUCCCCUGUUAAUGAGACUCGCAGAUAUUAUUAUGCAGUAAUUCUGUUUCUUCCGCGACAACUGCCAUAUCGACGCAGGUGAAAGAGCUUUGAAGUGCGCAUGCAAAUAGCAGAAAAUAUCUCCUGUAUCGUCACAUAGUACGGGCACCUUGUAAGCUUUGUCUCUCACUUUGCUUACAGUGUAAAGAUGCCCUCUUUCAGUGUGUAGAAGAGUGGUAAACGUGGUUAAAUGCAGACAAAUAAUGUUUGUAGGAUACAUGUCACUAGUCUCAGCAGGGCAUCAUCUUUUCCUGGUUAGAACCCAUCGUAGGUACUAAGAGAAAAGGGAAAAAAAAAAAGAUAAACUGCCAUUAGGACUUGCUACUAUACCAUAGUUUUACGAACUGUACAUAAGUGAUAAAUAAUUUGGUAUAUGUACAUGCAUAUACAUAUAUCUGCAUGUGUGUGUUCCAUAAGAUGUUGGCUGGCCGCAAAGGCGAUGCAGGCUCAAAACGGAUGAUCAUGGGCAGUAGUGGCUGAGAAAAUGACCAAAAAGCUAUUCAUUAAGCGAAGGAGAUUAGCACUUGUGCAAGUACAAGCAAUCUUACUUAUUACAUACCAGUGGUCUGUCCAGAAUCGCAAGCACGUAGGGUGUUGCAAAAAAUUCGGGAAAGCCAUUUCCUUUUACAGUUGUGUUAAAGUUGUAACUGUUUUAUGUAUUGUUGCCCAUAUGUGUCUGAAGGCCUCCCUCCCCCUUGUAGGGGGUGCACAGGAAAGAAAGGAGGGGUUGUUGCCCAACAGUUUGGGAGGGGGGGAUCUGGAAAAACAACAACAACAUGGAUGUGGAAAUAAUCCACUGCAAAAAUGCAAAACUACUGUGCAGACCUCGACCUCAUUCCUGUAUUUAACUAAGUUCUUCUUGUACAUGUGUGAAUAUUAGUACUCUUCUCGUUCAACAGUAGCAUGUUUUUUCCCGACUACUAUUAUCCGUGAAAAAUUCCUUUUCAGCUUGUAUAUACACAUGCAUAUACAUGUAUGUAUACAUGUGCAUAUGUAUGUAACCAUGUAAUUGAAUGUCCAUGUAAGCUUAAAUAAUAUGCAUAGUGAGAGAGAUACCUGGAAGGCGAGACAUGGCACACACUAGGACCGGGAACUACAUUUUAGCUGGAAACUGCGUAAUAUGCAUUAUUUUACAUUAGUGUCUUAAUAUUUCACGCACAGUCAACGUUCUGUUGCUCUGUUGUUUGUCAUACUGCCCGAAAGAUAUAGGUGGUUUGUGGUCACGACGUGGAUGCCAGACAAUGUGACAGUGGUUGUUUAACCAUGAUAUGUGUCGGGUGACAGCUUCGAUCAUGGAUAGCAAUGUCAUGGUUCAUAGUCAUUACUGAACGUGCAGUAUUAGUGUCAAGGUUGUUUACAAAUGCUGUUGUAAGAGUUGAUUGAACAAGCAGGUUUUGACUCGAAACUGCCACAAGUAAUUUAGUAUGCACUUAAAGGAGCGGUGAAAGACCCUUCCAGAAUCUUUUUUUUCUUCUUUCUUUUUGACUGCAGCAGGUUGCCUAGAAACGAGUAUUGAAAGUGGUGAAUGUAACUGACUCGUAGCGUGCGCAAGAGGUCUUUGAUGCAGACACGUUCCAAAAGUCCCUCAACUCCUUCAAAGAGCCCGUACGAGAGUGAGUGAGGUUGAUGCCACUGGGACUAGGACCCAGUGGGAAAGCCGAUCGGGUGGGUCGCUCAUACCACGCUGCUUUGCACAGGGCUGAUUUUUAGAGAGCGUGAUUUUUAGAGAGAGAGAGAACUGCACGGCGGGGAAAAAAGAAAAGUUCUUGUGUGGUUGCUCCUGAGGGACCGCCAGAUUAAUGAACGAGGUUUCUUUCGAGCAAUCAUAAGUGUCAUUUCACUGCUCCUUUAAUACGUUUCUUUUGCAUGUACUGCCAAUCAGACUGCCCAGCUGUAACCUCUUGCAUUACUUGACAUGACCUUUGAUGGGAAGAAGCUUGUUUGAAACUGAGGCUGUAGUACCGAACGUACUUAUCACAUCCCCAAGUGGCCGCAGUUAACUGCAGUUUUAAGGAGAAGAAAAUGCUGCGUUUAAAAGGCCUCAGUUUCGAGCAGGCUUCUGAAAGGGUGCGUAGGCAUCUCCCCAACGUGGUACACUAGGGACCAGGAAUAACGAUCAUUCAGUCCCAGUAGUGUGCCACAAUUAGGAUGCAUUUUAUAUAGCAAGUCAUGUAAGUGUGAGUGACCGUAGUUUACAUUUAGGGAGACCAGUAGUGGAUACUGGCCCUUUGACUGUGCUUAAUAUUGUGUUGAAAAUACUCCAAUGUAUGCCAUUGCACUGAUACUGGCGUCUCAUAACCUGUUCAGCAUCAUUCUCCAAUGCUGCCAUAGUUUUGCACAUGGUUUCCUUCGAGACACAUUCGGUUCGGUAUUUUGGCCUUUGUAGAUAACACACUAAUGACUGGGAAACAAGGCUAUGAGUUUGGGGUGCACAUUUUAGCCGAGGCAAAGCCUGGUGAGCGUAUUUCUUUUUGGCCGAUCUUUUUAAAUCUACGAAUACCAAAAUUUCUGUCUUGCAAACUGCACAGUCACCCGAAGAAAUCAAGGCAUCAGGUGCUCGGAUCUUGUGUGCUCUCGCGUAGAGCCAGGCUGUUCGUACAUACUGUGAGCCGUAGGAAUUGUAGAUCCAAACCAAUGCAAGCAGAUUACAGGCAGUCAGCAGAAUGUACCAUCGCAAGAAAAGCUUUUCUAGCCCAACUGAUGAUGGCACAUUUAAUGGUCCUUCGUGUAGAUCAUAAAUGGGUAAUAUAAUAGUGCACUUUCAUUUGAACGUCAAGGUCCGUAUCAUGUGCAUACCUCUGGUGGCAUUGUAGCAUUGUGCGUAUCACUCCAAACGCCUUGGUUACAUGUGGGUACACAUGGGUACCUUUGGGUACACAUGGGGAGUGAUGAUGCACUUUGGCUCUUGUCUGUCUGCACCUAGAGGUGGAUCACAUCGGUGAUGUCACAGUUAAGCAAUUAUUUAAUGCACUGCUUUGGAAGUGUCCAGGAAACUCGUUUUCCUCAAGCAUUGUUCUUUGGCUUGUGCAGUACAGUGUGAAGGUGCAGUACAUUUCACUCUCUCCAUGCGGAGUAUGUUUGUCUUUGUGUGCCAGUAGUUCACUAAUGGCAUAUUGUCGUGCUUUCAUCACCAUACACAGCCAGGAGUUUGCCUGGAAAGUACCUGAGAAUGUUUCUACUUGUAAAGAAAUAUAUAUAUACUAUAUAAAUAUAUAUAUAUAUAUAUCUGUUUCAAAGAAGAAUGUGACUCACAUCCAUGGUGACCCUUCUACUGUUUGUACAUCACUUCUUACAAAAUAUUAUUGCAGCUGAGGUUUGUAGUCGCCAAUGGAAUUUCAUUAGGAUGUUGUUACGUGUGCAUUAGGCUGUUCUAUUGUUAUUGCUGCAUAAGUUACUAUUGAAUGUAGCUGUAACUAGCGUUCCCUUUCCCCAUCCAUCCCCAAUGAACAUAAAAAAUAGGGCUGUGCAAAUAUGCAAUUUUUAAUUCCAUUGAAAUACUUCUCCUAUUUCCAUGUAAUUUUGGAGCAGCCUGUACAGAUGUGCUAUUUGACUUGUCGCAAGUAUAAGUGUGUCUACCAUAAGAAAUGUAAUGUGGAGGAUGACGGAAAGAAACGACAAAAAUGGCAUUGUUAUUGGCAUAGACGUUUUCCUCCCCUAGAUGAAUAGGGACUAUCGAUCUGCUUUUAUCCAUCAUUCGGUGGGCUAAACUUCCUCUCACAUUCGCUAUAGCUUAUAUCUCUUUGUAUGUACAACUCUUUUGCAAUCCAGUGUGUUGGGAUUGUGUCUUUUUUUUUCUUUCUUUUUGUUUUUUUUUUAAGCGAGCGGUACUCGAAGCUCCCUAAGUCUAACACUACAGUAUUAUUCUUGCCCAUUUUUUUCUGUGUCAUCUUAUCCUGCUUCACCUCCAUAAUUGAUAUUGGAACUUUGUAAGUUUGUCAUUCACACAGCCCUGCAAUAGUAGCAUUUGGCCAGUAUGCCCUUAACGUACCGACAAUAAAUGACAAAAAGCGGAAGUAACCAAACGCACCUUGGCAACAGAUCAUUGAGGUGCUUUCAGUAUCACUGUAGGCAGGCGACAUGGCAGGUGACAUGAGUGGCACAAGUUGAUAAUGUGUGUAAGUUUUGUUCCACUGUGUUGGUUGGGACUCAGGAAUGUUAAGAAUACCUCAGGCGCACUGCAGAGUAUGCCGUGUUACUGUUGUCGAAGUGGAACAGUGCCAAACAAGUCUUCCAAGAUAGCGCAUGAAGCCUUGCAAACGUUGUAGAAACUGGGAACACUCAGUGCUCGGACCCUUUUGUUUCUCCUGUUUUUUAUGCACAGUGUAACUUGUAAUCAAAUAUGGCCAAGGUUAAAAAGGUCGCAAGAAGUUGUUACAAGUGAACUAACGGGUGUUCUAGAUGUUAGAAUGGCACACGAUAAAUGUCUGAUUCCUUGCUCUGUGUAGCUGUGGUAGCGAUUACUUGUUUGUAAAAUGUUGUUUUAAAAAGAAUGCCACUGUAUUCUGGUACAGUCAGCAGAAACGCAAAAACUGAAUUGCGCUAUAGCUACGGUUGAUCAGUGGUGCCCGAGACAUGGCUGCACGUUCAGCUUUGUUGCAUUGUGGCAAAGUGGAAUUGCUCUUCGUUCAAAAACGAAAUACUAGGACAAUAACAGGCAUGGGAACAGAGUGUCGCUUGCAGUUGGGCAUAAUUUUUGGGAGAGGGAUAGGCACUACACCUGAGGGAGAGGGCGUAGUGCAAAGCACAGAAGUUCUUAAGAUACGUCAUUUACGGACGAUGUCCUUGGGCCAGCCCGUUUCCCAUAAUGUGAGACGAGUCCUCGGUACAUUUCCUUGACUUUCCUUACUUGAGAGAGUACGAGUUCAUGAUUUUUGCUUCUGAACACAACUAAACAUCAAUACAAGGCUAUUAUAACUCCAGCAGGAAUCUCUACAUCUGCAACUUAUUAGCACUGAAGCAACCUGAAGAGCAAAUGCUAGAUGUCCGUAUUCUUAGCACAGCAUUUCAUGUAUUCUUGAGAGCUGGAUAUUUUGAUCAUAGGCAUGGGCAUUCUGAGAGGGGGAGCUCCAAGAUCACCUGUGGAAAUUGCACGCUCUUUACUCUCGGGUCAUCAUGAUUUAUACUCGGAUAUUGUCAUAGUACUCUGAAUCUUAUCCACCGGAUCAAAGGAUUCGUUCUUCAUCAUUCUGUUAUACGGUAUCUAUUGAUUAUGUGCUUUGCCCCCCCCCCCCUGGAAGCUCUUCGUCCUCCCCUGGAAAAAAGUCGUGGGAACACCCACGAUCGAAGGGGGCUACCCGCCGAUGCCAAGUUGAUGACUAGCUAACACUCACUAGCAAUGAAAUAACUGAAAUGACCACCCUCAGGCAAUGCAUUUACAGCCGCUUAUCUCUCCUUAACAGUCAGUACCCCCCCUCAGGGGCGUAGCCAGGAGGAGUUUUGGGAGCUCCCCCCCCCCCCCAAAGAAAUUGUACAUUUAGUAGUGCAUUUGGGGAAUGGAAAAUGGGACGUGAAAUCCUCCUCCACAUGUAUAGUUCUCAUAGUUCCCGUUGGUCCCAUCCCAACAUAUUUUUCUGGCUACGCUACUGGUGCCCCUGUUUUUCCAACAGUAGCAGUCCCUGUCUGAGGGAGACUUUUAAUUUCUUGCUCAAAUACAGAUGCAUGUUUGAUCCCUAAUCUCUCACAAAGAGCAACUCAUUCUCCCAAUGCUUGUUAUCAUAGACGUGGAUAUUCAUAAAUGUGUGCAUGUUUGUGAAAGUGCAUUUCGAUGUAUUGGCAAACAUGAAUGUGAGUCACCACUUCUAGUAAUAAGUAUUUAAUUUAUCUAAAUGUGUACAGAGGAAUGCCACAAACUGUGUACUCUGAGAUGUUUUUACUCUCUUAGGCCUUCUGGUUUUGUGUCAGAAUGUUAGUAACUGCUUCCACCUAGAAAUAUUUCUUUGUGUGGGUGGAUCCACAUGUGCUUCAUUCAUUGUACUGAAGCUUUGUCAAAAAUGGUGGCUGGAGUUGUGUUUGAGUCUGGAGGGAAAACAUUAUUACUUCCAGUGUAGUGAAGGGGCAGAAGAAUCAUCCAAUCUAUGCCACAAAGAAGAGCAACUUGUUUAGAAGGACCCAUAUUGUUUAUAUAACACAUUAAUUCUAUGCAUGAUUUGCAAAUUGGCACAAGUCUUUUACAGACUGCAAAGGCACUGUUUAUGCAACUCAGAUUUUGCUAACAUUAUUUCACAUUUUGCAGAGUAGCUUGGAUUGAGAUGGUGUUACUUAAGGUUUGAAAGUAACACCUUAAACAGUUUUGUGCUCAUUUAACAUAUCUCUAACUUAGUAAAGCAGACCACACCCCCGUUUUGUAGUCAUUAACGUGGAUGUUGGGACGUUUGCGGUCGAAAGUAUUUAAACGGCAUAAAUCCGCAAUUUUACUGGAGAAUGUAUACUGCUGCAGUAAUUAAGAGCUAGUUACAAUGUGACCUAUUUGAAAUAUUGAAGUUUAGAGAUAGUAGACUGGCACAGCAUGCACUAUCAAUAUGAACAGAGAACACUGUAGGCAAAUAUCUCAAGUUACUUUCAUCAUUGUUCUGCCCAUAGUGCACUAUCUACAAUUGCGCAAAAAAAAGUGUUGGACUAAACAAGCCAAGUACGUGUUGAGAUUGCCUCCAAGUGCCUGCAAGAAACAUUGUCGCCUUUGGGUUACAUCCCAAAGCAGGCCAGCGUGCAAAGUGUAAGACGAGGUAGAUCUGUGGAUGUUUUGCGUGACAUUGUUUUUUCGAGAUCAUUAAGAUGGUACGGUAAAGGGUAGGGGUAAUUUCUGUGCAUGACAGUGCCAAAAUUUAAAAAGUUACAAGCCCCAAAAAGAUGAAACCUGGCACAUGUGUUGUGUUGGCCUGUACUGAAAUCAAACUUUGGUAGCAGACCGUCAUGGCAGAGUUACAUAUUGGUAUGUUGUUGGCCAAUUUAUGAAUGUUCUCUGGUUAGUCCAUUGAAUUUGCAGCGAUAUAAAGCACAUUUGUUAACAUGCAGUAAGUACCUAUUGGCACUCACAAGCAGACAAAUACACUGCAGGUUAUUGUACUAUCCACCCUGUUUGGGUAUUAUGCCCAGAUGUGUAUUUCUAUGCCCGUCUGUGACUGUGGUGAUAUGCAUUUUCUCCAGGGACGAAGAAGUUACUGUUAAUGAUUUACUGCGAGCACAUGGCACUUUGUUUGCAUUGAAGCAGUUGCCAAAUGUAACAGAUUAUGUUGCCCCUUGUACAGGGAAUCACUGCCAGAUGACAUGGACUGCCAAAGCUUUCCCUUGACUAUGUAUACAAUCUUUGUACGACUUCCUGAGUUCACUGUGCUACCUCUUCACAUGUUAUGUUGGUAGUCAGGUACACUUUGUUAGCUGAGGGUAUGAGAACAAGUGAGUUGCCAAAGUUGGUCUGUAUAACGUGUCAAAUUAUUUGCAUCUACGUUGGGUCCUCCAUUUUAUAGUAUAUAUAUAUAGUUACAACUGGAAGGAGGGAUGCAGUGUUAAAUGGGAAUUAUAUACCAGAUAACCUAAUAAAAGUGAAUAGACUUGUGUUACGAACCCACUUUGUUCCUCUUGAAUUGUUCCGCACAAGUCGCGUUGCUGCGUAGGUUACCAAAGUCAACCAGGCCAAAAGUUUUGCCUGAGAUAGGGGCAAUAUUGAUUAAAUUUGAUCAGUUUGACAUGCUCCAUCUCUUUAUGGGAGUGUGCACCUCGCACCACCAACCCACAGCUGCAAGAUGUGGGCUGGGGCCGGAGAGUUAUUUCGGCUUUUGAGUACCAACAUCAUAAGUUCAUCUGUCACAAUGGCACAUAUGCCUACAAUGAAAACAAAAAAAUAUUAUGCAAUAUGUGGCCUACUAACUUCCUCAUGAAAGCAUGUGCCAGCAACAGAAGAAACAAGCACAGCCCCUGUGUAACACCACUUCAUGCAUUAAUGGACUCAUUGAUUCCUAAUUUAGAGUCUCCAUUGUUUCUUA